GAGUAAGUUGUUAAACAACUGUUGAAGUGUUGAGUCGUGAAUAGUAGAACAGUAGAUUUAUUAAGUCGUGAUAACAACAGCUUUAUUCAGCAUAAUAAAAGUGAAAAGUUCAUUAUAUCGAAUAACAUCUCAAACUGAUACACACCAAACCAAUCAUUUGACAACAUAUAAAAAUGGCUGCAAUUGCUUCGUCAAAAAGAGUUUUCUACGCUCUCGUUUUAUUUUGUCUGACUACUUUAGUGACUUGUCGUCCUCAGACUACCAUUGAUAGUCAGGAUCCAUCGGACCAAGACAGCACCAAUGAAAUUCAACGUCUCUACAAUGCUUACAGCAACUUUCCUUCUGCAAAUAUGAUGUCGCCUGAAGAUCGUAUGGCAUGGAAUCGAUUGCAAUACGAAAUGAUUGCUCAUUACAUUCAAAACAGUAUGCCAUCCGGAGGUUGGCCAGAACAAAUCUAUCGAGCACCUGAAAUCAAGCGUCAAGUAAGGUACCGACAAUGCUACUUCAAUCCUAUCUCCUGCUUCCGUAAAUAAAUUAUUUGUUCGACACUCUGCAUCCGGUCGGGGCACAUCAAUCACCAACCUCUCGCUCAACAUUAUUUUACUAAUUAAAUUGAAUUCAUAAUUUACAUAAGAUUUAUUUGUAUGAAAAUCUAUGGAGACGUUGGAGCAUACUUUUAUUAGUCAUAGUUUUAAUUGAAAUGUCGCCUGCAAACAGUAUCAGAGAAUUCUAAAAAGCAAGUGCUGAGAAUUCAUACGUUAAAAAUUGCAUAAAUAUAUAACUUGAUUCAUGAUUUUAAGUUUAGAAGUCGAGUAUUAGAGCAAUACUGGACAAAAGCAGUUUCACACAAUGUUCCAGAUCUAAACUAUGGUGAAUAGUAAAGAAAGUACUUGAUUAUUAUGAUUUCACAACCGCAUCGUACAAAUUUUUAUUGCUAAUAUCUCGUAAGCUGAGCUAUUUAGAGUUUUCUGAUCAUUUGUUUAGUCCUAUAAUAAGGCAUCGAGAAAGAAGCAGAAAGCGUCUUUAGAUUAAAUCUAAUAAAUAUUUUUGAUGUAAAAUUUUCUGUAUGAAUUGUUGAAAGAUUUGAAGGAAAAUCUUUAAAGCCAUGUUUCACCUAAUUGAAGUGUAAUUCAAAAAUGAAAGAUUGUCGAUUUUCACAAUUUCAAUUUUUUGAUUAAUGUCUGCACCAUAAUCAAAAAGGGGAGCACUUUACCAUCAAAAAAGUUGAUAAUGAAAUUUUAGUUUAGAGCCUUUUUUAAUUUCAAAAUAUUUUAUGAAAUUAUAUCUUAAAAUGACAUUUAAUAUAAAAUUAUGUAAUAUUUAGUCGCAUGGAUGAUGGAAAAUAUUGGUUUCAUGUCUCACAUAAAAGAAAUAAAUAUGACAAAAAAUGA